CGUCAGCUCCGUUUAAAGACAUGUGGGCUCAGCGUCCAAUGGGCUGAUCGGGGCUUUACUCAGCCUCUCACACACAGGAGAUCCCUGAGGAGCAGACCAGCGUAGACCGGGAUUAGCACCGACUCACUCACAGCCUGCAAACACAUCCUGUUUGGAGACAGGUUUUCAGCCCAUCGGAACCGCAGCGACAGAGCAGAUCUCCGACCAGAACCACCGUGAAGCAUCAUGUCUGUGGCGGGGCUGAAGAAGCAAUUCCACAAAGCCACUCAGAGAGUGAGCGAGAGGGUUGGAGGAGCAGAAGGAACCAAGCUCGAUGUGGACUUCACUGAAAUGGAAAAGAGGGUGGACACCACCGCUCGAGCCGUGCUGGACAUCAUGACGAAAACCACUGAGUAUCUGCAGCCAAACCCUGCCACCAGAGCCAAGAUGACCAUGAUGAACUCCAUGUCCCGUAUGCGAGGACAGGAGAAGGGGCCGGGCUACACGCAGACGGAAACCAUCCUGGGAGAGUCCAUGCAGAGGUUUGGCAGGGAGCUUGGAGAGGACUCUAACUUUGGUCUGGUUCUGAUUGAUGUUGGAGAGGCCAUGCGGGAGCUGGGUGAGGUCAAAGAUGCCCUGGACAUGGAGGUGAAGCAGAACUUCAUUGAUCCAAUGCAGAACCUUCACGAGAAAGACCUCAAGGAGAUUCAGCAUCAUCUGAAGAAACUGGAGGGUCGCCGUCUGGACUUUGAUUAUAAGAAGAAACGUCAGGCUAAAGUGACGGAGGAUGAGCUGAAACACGCGCUGGAGAAAUUUGAUGACUCCAAGGAGAUUGCAGAGCAGAGCAUGUUCAAUUUAUUGGAGAGUGAUAUCGAACAGGUGAGCCAGCUGGCGGCGUUGGUCCAUGCUCAGGUGCAGUACCACAGCCGCUCCGCUGAGAUCCUCACACAGCUCUCCAGCAAGAUAGAUGAACGGAUAAGGGACACGGCUGUCAAACCAAGGAAAGAGUUCGUACCAAAACCUCGUACGUCUCUGGACUUCAGCAUCAGCGAGAACCAUAAUGGAGGAAUGCACGGCGCUCGCUCUCCAGGUGCCAGGUCUCCAGCAAGGUCUCCAGCAAGAUCUCCAGCCCGGUCUCCAGCCCCAUUGGACCAGCCCUGCUGUCGCGCUCUGUACGACUUUGACCCUGAGAACGAAGGUGAGCUAGGCUUCAAGGAGGGAGACAUCAUCACCCUGACCAAUAAGAUCGAUGAGAAUUGGUACGAGGGGAUGCUGCACGGCAACUCGGGAUUUUUCCCCGUCAACUAUGUGGAUAUCCUGGUGCCGUUGCCUCAGUAAGACGUGAAGAGUCCCAACCGUGUCUACAAUGAAUCCUGGCAUCCAGUUCCUGUAUUUCCACUAACCUUUUCCCAAACAUUCCUACUAACACAACCUUCACUUUUCUGUUAAUGCAUCAAAAAGCAAUGAUAGAAAGUAAAUAAAAAUGAAGGAACAUUCACUUCAGUGCAUCGAUGCACUAAAAAAAGUGAAGAAAUUGAUCAACUUCCUCUCCUUCUCACUUAAGGUACUUCAAGCUUCUAUUGUCAUCUUUGCAUUUUGUCUCUGUUGUAGUCAGCUGUCAGUCCAUUAGUUUCUUAGAACAGCUUUACUAAAUCACGCUUUCUCUCUGUCUUCGUAUUUUGUGGAGAUACAGUAGAUAUCAGCUUUUCUCUGACAUUCAACAGGCAAAACAUACGAGCCUACCAGCUUUUUGUUUGUUAGGCAUGUAGCUCAAAUAAGUCUAUCAAAAAACACGUGGUAGUUUUUGUGUUAAAUAUUCCUCCGUUUAAUGGUGGUCAUUCCUGACUUUCAGACACUUUCUUAACAUGUACAUUUCCUGUCUUAUAAAAAAAAAAAGUUUUAGCCAAAGUUACAGACAUAUUUAUCAGACAUUCCUUUAUUUUCCCAUAGCGAAGCAUUCUGGAAGAUCAAGGGAGAAAUGUCUGCAGGUUUGAUGCAAAGCUAUUGCUUCUUAGAGAAAGUCGGAUCAGUAUAAGGACCUGUCUUAUGAUCUCUUGUUGUUGCAACAAUCUACAAAUUAGAGCAGGGCAGAUGCAUCUAAAUUGUUGCAAGAGAUUACAUACAUCACUGAAUGUGAGGAUUUAAGUUUAAUAUUGGGUUAUGUUGGAUUGUUUUCAGCAGUCAGUGUCUUUCUUGCAGAAGAUAAUUUUCUAAAUGAACUCAGUUUAGAGAGACUUCCUCCUGGUUCUAGCUUCCAUCUGCUGAUAGCAGGACCUUAAGCCAGAUUGCUGCCAUCUUAAAGCAUCUCUAAUCUACAAUAUUUAAUAGCAGUAUCUGCACACAGUAGUUUACAAACCUUUAUAACAUGGGAUAUGUUUGUCCAGUCAGACAGCAAUAAGGUAUAAGAAUGUGAACAAUAAAAAAUCGAGAUAUUAUUGGUAGUGAUUAUGUAUACUGAUCUGCUCUGGUUUUAAUUCUCCUAAUUAUAGACAGGUUAUUCCCUGUAUGCAUAGCUAAUUAUUACAUAUGAGAAAAUUGCAUCAGAGCAGAAAGAUCCUGCGGUUCAGUUGUGUUAGGCUCCGGUCAAGGAUUUGGUGGAUUUGCCAACUGCGGUCAACAUGUAUUAACAGUUUGAAACCUCUAUAAAUUUUCCUCUGACUGGUAAUGUAGGUACAUUCCUUCCACAGAUCGCAAAAUUAGGAACCAUGACAAAACAAACAACUAGAGUUUGCAUUCAUGAAGAUUCCUCUUCUUUUACACCAAGUCGUUUCUAUUGAAAA